AUGGAAUUCCUCCAGGAGCACGGCAUUAUCCAGGUGUAUCUGUUCCGUGGGGAUCUGCGUUGUCGCCGACAUGUGCAAUGUGACCAGAUUCCUCUGACAUUCUUUCCUACCCAGGUGCUGGAACUGGGACACGAUACGGCUCUCCUGGUAUACCGGAGUGAGGAAUCGGCCGCAGUCGGUGCAGACCUGGAUCGGCUUCAGCAAGCUGUGGAGGAAGGAGGCCCUCUGAUCCAGGUCAGGCCAUUGCAGAGCCCGCUUCGCCCAGAUAUGCUCGGGCUCAAUGAGUGCGCCAAAUGGCUCUCUUUUGAAAUUUAUCCUUCUGCGUUAGAUUGGUCAUCGGUAGGUCGACCACCUACGCCCAUCGUCCGCUUGAAGGCCGAGGCAUGUCGGUCGCUGCGAUAUGCCAUCGCAGUGUCAGGGGUGCCAUCCUGCUCGAUCAAUUUCGGGGAUUGGUACCUGGACGGCGGCCUUCAGGCACUGCCGAGGCUUCCUAGCACCCUGAAAGAGCUGGAAAUUGAAGGAUUGCGGGGUAUUUUUUCACGCCCUGCUCUACCCACCACCGUUCCUCAGUCAUCGACAUCCUAUCUAUGGGCACAGGACCUCUGCACGAAGUUCAGUUUUCUUCAACGAUUGAAGUUGACAAACUGCCACUGCUCACCGCCGGACAUUGCCAAUCUCCGGGAAUGGCUACCUAAUGUUUCUAUCGUUGAGAUACGCCGUGGACUACCAACGACCUUCACGGGCUUGCAGUCCGAGUGGGUUUACCAAAAGGGGCCUGUAGUCUCCGCUGAGCUCAUCUCUCGUUCGGCUUUACUCCAGCACCCAGAUCUAUCCCACAUCAUCGUUAACUCCCUGAAGACGAUCAUUGGGUGGUAUCUUAGAGGUCACCGCUACGAGUAUUGCUUACGGGUAUUACCGUGGGCGGCCUUGGCCGCGAAGCACAAAAAAGGGGACCUUGUUGCUCGUGUCGAGACAUAUUUCGCACAGUUUGCCAAUGAACAGCAGCAACUCCUGCAGUGUCUAUCCUGGUUAACGGAUUGCCAUUCCGAUUCCCUCUGCAGGUUGUUGGCAUAUUGGGCCCGUUUGCCACGGCGGAGGAUCCUGACACUGGGAUCUCAUGUGCUCCGGGAAUUCGAGCAGGCCUAG